GCCUAUUAUUUAUAACCCCAAAUAUCAGUAAAUGCAUGUGUUGCUCACAGCAUGACAGGCUCCUCCUUUCUUUUUUUAAAUUUCUCACUGAUAGGUGAAUCAUGCAUUGGGUAAAUAACAUUGUUUUACAUGAGAAUAAAUAGGCCUUCUUCACACACAGCAUCUAAUCUGAAAUCUAAUCUGAAGGGCACGAGUCGUUCAAACCCUGUGUAAAUAUUGCCUGCCUUAUAACAUGCCACCUUAAACACACUCUCGGCCAUAUAUUUAGUAGGCUUAGUCUACUUUUACACCGAGCUAUUUAGUAGACCUGUCGUAGGUACAGUAUUCAUCAGGGUAGGUAAUUGACCGGGGUGCAAAACACGACCCAACACCAGGUCGGUGGCAGACGCACACCGUACGGGGUAGAUGUUAUAAUCUCGGUAAUGCCACACAGGCGGUGCUUUACGACAUAUGUCAUCUGGCCUCCAGAAAACAAAAACAAACAAUUACGUUAUUUUUCUGCAACAGUAUUCACCGUAAACUUGACAGUGCGCGUUUAACGGAGUCGAGCGGUCGGUGGUUCUCCUCUUGCUCGCAGUGAGAAUAGUAAAGUGCCCCGCCCCUCCGUGCGCCCCACGGGCAAGCAGGCUGUACACCCACCACACCGAGCGAGCCCAGCCGUCGUUAACGGAGAAGAUGGCAGAGCGGCAACAGCAGAAACACGAAGGCAGGGUAAAGAUCGGCCAUUACAUCCUCGGAGACACGCUCGGAGUGGGAACAUUCGGGAAAGUGAAGAUUGGCGAGCAUCAGUUGACAGGCCAUAAAGUGGCUGUAAAGAUCCUAAACAGACAGAAGAUCCGCAGUCUCGAUGUCGUUGGGAAGAUCAAACGAGAGAUCCAGAAUCUCAAACUGUUCAGACACCCACACAUUAUCAAGCUGUACCAGGUGAUAAGUACACCCACAGAUUUCUUCAUGGUCAUGGAGUAUGUGUCUGGAGGUGAGCUGUUUGACUACAUCUGCAAACAUGGACGGGUGGAAGACACAGAAGCUCGCCGUCUUUUCCAGCAGAUUAUCUCAGCUGUCGACUACUGCCACAGGCACAUGGUGGUCCACAGAGACCUCAAACCUGAGAAUGUCCUGCUGGAUGCUAGCAAGAACGCCAAGAUAGCCGACUUCGGUCUGUCAAACAUGAUGUCAGAUGGGGAGUUCCUACGGACGAGCUGUGGCUCACCCAACUAUGCAGCUCCAGAGGUCAUCUCAGGAAGGCUCUAUGCAGGCCCAGAGGUGGACAUCUGGAGCUGUGGGGUGAUCCUGUACGCCCUGCUAUGCGGCACUCUGCCCUUUGAUGAUGAGCACGUCCCCACGCUGUUUAAGAAGAUCAGAGGAGGCGUCUUCUACAUCCCUGAAUACCUGACUCGCUCUGUCGCCUCGCUGCUCAUGCUCAUGCUGCAGGUGGACCCUCUGAAGAGAGCCACCAUCAAAGACAUCAGGGAACAUGAGUGGUUUAAGCAGGACCUGCCAGGCUACCUGUUCCCUGAGGACCCCUCAUACGAUGCUACAGUCCUGGAUGAGGAGGCCGUCAGGGAAGUGUGUGAGAAGUUUGAAUGCACUGAGUCCGAGGUUGUGUCCAGCCUUUACAGCGGAGAUCCACAGGAUCAGCUAGCAGUAGCCUAUCACCUUAUAAUAGACAACCGGCGCAUCAUGACCCAGGCCAGCGAGUUCUACUUGGCCUCCAGUCCUCCCCAGGGCUCCUUCAUAGAAGAGGGCAUGUCACUGCCCCCCGGGGUCAAACCGCACCCAGAGAGGAUGCCUCCACUCCUGGCUGACAGCCCCAAGUCUCGUUGCCCUCUGGAUGCUCUCAACACCACCCGGCCCAAACCCUUGGCAGUGAAGAAGGCCAAAUGGCAUCUUGGGAUCAGGAGUCAGAGCAGACCCUAUGAUAUCAUGGCUGAAGUGUACAGGGCUAUGAGACAACUCAGCUUUGACUGGAAGGUGGUGAACCCGUACCAUCUGCGAGUACGGAGGAAGAAUCCAGUGACAGGAAACCUGGUGAAAAUGAGCCUGCAGCUGUACCAGGUGGACAACAGAUCCUACCUCCUUGACUUCAAGAGCAUCGACGAUGACAUCAUCGAGGCGGUGGGCUUUAAAUCGGGUUCGUCCACUCCUCAGAGGUCGGGCUCCACAGCCGGUCUCCUCAGACCCAGACUGAGCAUCGACUCAGCAAGUCCAGCGAUUGAUCUGCCCCAGCUCAGCUCCUCUCUCCCGGGUUCCCUGUCUGGUAGCUCCCCUCUACUCACCCCACGUCAGGGAUCACACACCAUGGACUUCUUUGAAAUGUGUGCCAGUCUGAUCACCACACUGGCACGCUGAGACCUGUCGACUCCUAACCUUGCUGUAACCUGGAUGUCAGUGAGGUUUUUAAGCCAAUUGCUGAUCUGGGAUGUAGGGAGUGUAGAUGUUCAGAGUGACUUCCUCUUUCUGUCUCCUCUCCAUCUCUGUUCCGGUUGUAUUGGAGUGGAAGGGUGACCGGAAAUGUGAAAAGCAAUGCCUGUCACCUCAGAUUAAGGAGACACAGAGAGGAAGCAUUUUUCAGAAAGGCAGAUAAAUAGCUUCUUUUUUCUUAUUUUGACACAGUCCUUGGGUCAGAGUCUUGGGAGUUUAAACAUCAGGCCACAGUUUGUGAAAACUGAUCCUGGGACUGGAAUCUGUGAACUAGUUGAGGCCCAUUAUGUGAGAGGCAAGAGGUCACAGUUCACAGUCAUGUGGGAGUCAGCAAAGGUCAAGUUCUCUAUCACUCCUCCCACAAAUACCUUCAAUCUGUUAUCAACUGCUGCAAAUGUCAUCACCCACCAUAACACUUAAUGGCGGGAAAUCCUGCUGAGUUUUCCCCAGACACUGAUCAGAAGUCAGUUUUGCUACUUGUCGUAUAUUUUGAUUGAGGCACUGGUUGUUAAAACUGACAUUAAAUCUGUGUCUGAGGGAACAUUAUCACAUGUAAAAUUUUAUUUCAGGUUUUAUAGUAUAUGGUUUGUAAAGAAACAGCUUUUGUUAUCCAUGUAUAUUAUAUUUAUAUACAAUCAUAUGAUGUAGCUGAAAAGGUAGACAAAGGUAUACCAAAUAACAGACUUUAUACACCACAAAGACGAUUAUUAUUAUUUAGAUAUCAGAACCAUAUUUAUUUUUGAGAGAUUGUUUUUUAGGCACUGUAGUUAUAUUAUUUAAGCACUGCAUCAAAAUAGAGUUUCAUCCUGAAUCGUAAAAGAUUAAUAAACCUAGAGAGCUGGAAGGAUAGUAGGAUGAUAGUACUGUGCAUGGUACUGACUGUGUCCUGCAUUUAGUGUUGAAGCACAGAUACACAUCAUCUCACAUGGGUUUUCACAACCACCAUAUUAUCUGACUUUUUUUGUACAGCAAUGGACUGUCUCAGUGUAUUUCAAAGAUACUGUGCUUACAGUAUUUAUCUCUGCUAUUAUGCAUUAAAUAAGUGUCACAAAUAUGCAAAAUGCAUACACACAGACUCCUUUACACUUUACACUUACAGUUGAGUCCUUAACAAAUGACAAGUUGAGCAACUGUUAAUAUGCUGCUCACCCAUGCAUUUACAGAAUGUAAUUUUAAAAAAGCAAGCACAUCUUCAGCAAAUGUUAAUUUUUACUUGAUAAAGUACUUGAAUAGUCAAUUUUCAAAAUGUCUAAUAGUACUAGCAGUAAUAAACUUAAUUAACCCUGUGUCCAUCCUGUGUGUGAAUAGAUAAUGAGGUGAUGAUGAUAAUCGAGGAGUAAAAGAGGAAGGCGACAAAUUGUGAGAUGGUGUGUAUCUGCUGCAGGACAGUAUAAGCCACAGAAACCUUUCUCCAGUUGCCUUAAAGAAUGCAACACAGUCAUUCUGUGCAUAUGUGUAUGGAGAGUCAGAGAAAGAGCCAGUGUGUGUAAUGGAGAUCAGAUGGGUAGAGUGUGUCACAUGUUGUCAUGUUUUCUUACUGACUUAACGCUGGUUUGUUAGGAGGAUCUCUGCAGUGGUUUGUGAGAUUGUGUAUCUUCUGUUUAGCCAUUGUCUGUUUGGUCUGCACUUAAAAACUCAUUUGCUGACGCCAGCAGUUUGCAGAUUUACUGUUUUAUUGCAUCACACUCUUUGUGUGGAUACACACACUUGACUGUACCUGUUGUUUCUGGUCCUACGUUUUGAUGAAUGCCACGGUGUGUAGUUUUAUAAAUGUUCUGCAUUGUCCUGUCUGAUCGUACCAUAGCGGCGUUGUGUAUCGCUGUUGUCAUAUGAUAUUUUUUCAAAAUCUUUUCUGACAGAAUGUAAAGUGAAAGCUGGUGCUGCUCAGAUGAAUCCUCCCGUCUAUCUUUCUGUCUGGGUUUGUUCUCUCAGUUUUAAAGCAGUGUUGUUGUUUUGACAGAGAGCCCUGAACUGUUGCCUUUCUGCUGUUCUCAGUAAACCACAGAGGUUGGAGGGGUAGUACAUACUCUACUUUAGACUGGUGUCACAAAUAGGAAACCCCAAAAUGGCCAAUAUUUAAUAUAUUCAAUAUUCUCAUUAUUAUUAUAUUUUACUCAUCAUUGUCAUUUUCACAGGUUUGGGGCAAGUGAUUGGCAGAAGGGCAAGGAGGUGGGGAUGUGUGAAAAAACAGUCAUGAAAAGUGACAUGAAAUAAAAUGUAAAAAAAAUAUAUAUAUAUACAUAUAUAAUAUAUAUAUAUAUAUUUAGUUAGUAUAAAAUAACAGUGAUGAGAUAACAUUUCGUAAUAAUGGGGAGAAUUUGGCCAUGUAGGAGGUUGACACACAUCGGUCUAGACUACAACUACUCAACCAGUUACAGUGCUGUUAACUGAGUACUUGGACCUACAAUAAUUUAAUGUGGACAGAGGUUCGAGUUUGUUACUCCACACAGUUGUAACAGUUGCACUGUGUUUGAAAUGGAUUCAUUAAUUGUUGCCUUAUGAGAGCAGUGUGAAGGCUUUUGGUUGAAACGGUGAAAGCCAGAUUCUUUGUUACUCUGCUGAAACCCUUUAUUACAUGUAUUCAGAUUUUAUGUCCUUGUAGGGUUGCCUUUCCUGUCUGUGAUGCACAUACACCACUGAAUAAACUUUGAUAUCAGGGAGAAACUCUGCUCCCUGCUGCAAGACACAUGCAACUGCUCACACACACAGCUUUGUAAACACUAAUCCAUGUUAUUCAGUCAACCCUCUAUAUCACACUCUAUUGCUGUGUCUUAAAUGACUUGUCCUCUGUAUAGUGAGCUACUUUGGUCACACCACCAUCAUAUUUGGCCCAUUAUGCAUUCAUUCCUGAUUCUGCUGCUCAUGACAGCAAUAUAAAAUAUUGAUCAAUGAAGUGCACUAUCUGGCAGAGCUCAUGGGUUGUAUUUAAAAGCUUCUGAUAUAACCAGUAUUUACUGUCAGAUGUAGUACUGUAUUAUUACAACUGUAUGCAACUACCAGUGGCAUGUUAGUCAUGUAAACUCUAAUCUGUGUUUAGAGCUGGGAAACAUAUGCCAGAGAGCCUAAUCAAAUACAGACUUUCCGUGUUGUACCAAAGUGAGUAUUUUCAGCAGCAAAGCUGUGCGCUCUGUUUAUUUGUGGUGGGGUUCUUAAAUAACCUUAAAUACCCCAGUGUAUGUGUGACGUGUGUGCACACUGGUUAUUGUUAAAGAACUUGUAUAAGUGUGUGUUUCAGCGCGCGUGUGUGUGUGUGUGUGUGUGUGUGUGUGUGUGUGUGACAGUGUGUUUCAAUUGUCUCUCCCUGUUUCUCUGUCUGAUUGGGGUUUGGAUUUCUCUUGUUAUGCACUGCAUGAUAUUGCUGUUAUGAUUUGCACUUUAAUGAGUAUUUAUUGAAAAACAAUAAACAAACACAUAAAAGGAAAA